GACUUCCUAACCAGCUGCCAGAAUGGCUUCUUUAAUGAAUACUUUCAAAUUGGUACAAAAAUUGACAGCCAAUAAUCCAGCUGUGUUGCGUCAGGCAGCCCGGUCAAUGGCCGGUUGGAAUAAGGAUUACAAGGCUGGUAAAUUCCCACAAAGCGAUGCUGAACGUGAGGCUGCUGCCAAAAAGUAUUUCCUACUGCCCGAAGAAUACAAACCCUAUGCCGAUAAUGGUUUGGGUUAUGGUGAUUAUCCCCAGUUGAAGGGUGGUCUGGGUAUUGAGGCCCGUGAUCCCUUCUAUCCAUAUGAUUUUCCCGAAUUGAAGAGGAAUUUGCAUGAAACUUUCCAUGCCGAAUCCGAUUUGUACAGUGAAGAUCGUUGGUCCCAGCCUGCACCACCCCGUUAUGCCAACAGCACAUAUUGGCUGGGCUUUUUGGGUUGCAUGGCUGGCUGCCUUGCCCUGUAUUACUGGUUGGAAAACUAUCGCAUGUAUCGUCCUGUGGCAGUUAAACAAUAUCCUGGUGAUGGUCGUAAACAUUAUACCUUUGAAACUAACUAAA